AUGCUUGCCUACGGCCUCAUCAGCAUCAUGCUGUACUGCACUGUCCACGCCCUGGGAGAAUUGGCCGUCCUUUUCCCCAUUUCGGGCGCGUUUGCUGUCUACAAUACCAGGUUCAUCGACCCGGCAUGGGGAUUUGCAAUGGGUUGGAAUUAUGCGUUGAAUUGGUUGGUUAUGCUGCCCCUGGAGCUGACCGCCGCAUCUAUCACGCUCUCGUUCUGGUCCGGCGCGAGGGACGUCAACCCUGCGGCGUGGGUGGUCAUAUUUUACAUUGUCGUUGUGAUGAUUAAUUUCUUCGGCGUCACAGGGGUAAGUCAGGCCGAGUUUAUCUUUUCCAUCAUCAAGGUUCUCGCAUUAAGUAUAGUCGUCGGCUUCUAUAUCUUCGGCAUCAUCAUCGCUACCGGCGGCGUCGGGUCCCAGGGCUACCUAGGUGCGUACUAG